AUGGAGGCAGAUGUUCUCACUUGUUUUCCUUCUGAUAUAGAUUCUGCAACAGUCAACAACACUGUUAACGUUUUCCAGCUUUGGAGGAAGUUUGACCUCAAACACCAGCAACACCAGCAACACCAGCAACACCAGCAACACCAGCCCCAUCCGCGGGAGAGAGCUGCGAACAUGAGACUCUCUGAGCUCCUUUCUAUCACAGUCUGCAUAGUUCUGCUCCUGGGCAUCGCUCCCGCAGCCAGGCAGCCGCAGGACGUCCGGUGUGGAGCUUGCAGGGCACUGGUGGAUGAGAUGGAGUGGGCGAUUUCACAAGUAGAUCCCAAAAAGACGGUCCAGACCGGGUCGUUCAGGAUCAACCCCGACGGGAGUCAGUCCAUCAGAGAGGUUCCUCUGGCUCGCUCCGAGGGGAACCUGCUGGACCUGCUGGAGGUGGUUUGUGAGCGGAUGGAGGAUUAUGGAGAAGUGUCGGAUUCUUCUGAGAGAAAAACUUACAUCAGGAUCAAGUCGAGGAGCGGAGACGGUCUGGACCUGUCUGAGGCCACGCUGGACUCCAGGGUCUCGGCCGGACUCAAGUUUGCAUGUGAGACGAUCGUGGAGCAGCACGAGGACGAAAUGAUCGAGUUUUUCUCCCAUGAAAUGGAAAACGUCAAAGACCAUCUCUGCAGCAGACGCACAGAUCUCUGUGACCGCGCCCUCAACCUUCCCCACGACGAGCUCUGA